CAAAUACUUUACUUGCAGUAUCAAUAUUAAAAAUGUCACAGCACGAGGACGGCAGCGAGUCCUAUGAGAGCUCGGAGGAGGAGGAGCUGAACCCCGGCGAGGCGGGCGGCCGCGAGGAGGAGUGGGACGAGUGGAACGGCGAUGCGGAGGAUGCAGACGAAGACGUUACAAAAAGUCUCUUUGGGCCCGAGCGGCUGCCCAACCCCGAAGCAGCCAUGCAGCACGACGCGGAGAAGCACGGGUUCGACCUACCCCAAUUUGCAAUUCAGGAGGGCCUGGACGAGUACGGCAUCAUCCGCGUCAUCAACUUCGUGCGCGGCGAGGUGGUGGCCGGCCGAGACCCGCUGCCAGCACUGGCGGCGGCGGCGGCUGCCGGCAAGGCGGCGGCGGCUGGGGCGGCUGGGAAGACGGCGGCGGCGGGCGGUGACGUGUCGCCGUGGGCUGAUGACCGGUACCUGGUGCCUGUGCUGGAGGAUGAUGCCCUGCUGUGCUACGACUUUGAGGAGGUGGCGGCGGCGGCGGCAGCGGCGGCGGCGGAGCGGGCGGGGGUGAGCAGCAGUGGUGCCGCGGGCGCGGGCGCAAGCGGCUCGGGCUCGGCGGAGCUAGCGCGGCUUCGUGCGGAGAAUGAGGCGCUGCGUGUGGCGCUGGAGGCGAUGCGGCACGAGUUCCUGCCCGACGAGCUCAAGGAGGAGGGGGAGGGAGCGGCCGGCUCUAGUGCGGUGGCGGCGGCGGCGGCGGCGGCGGGCGCGGAUGCGGGCGGGCCGUCGGGCUCCUCGGGCGCCGCAGCGGCGGCAGGUGGCGAGGCGGCGGGGGAGGCGGCUGCAGCGGCCGACCCCGAGGCGGCUGCGGCUGCGGCUGCGGCUGCGGCGGCCGUGGCCAAGGCUAAGCGGGUGGACGCGGCUUACUUUGACAGCUACAGCUACUUUGACAUCCACAGGGAGAUGCUGGGGGACAAGCCCCGCACGGAGGCCUACCGCGACGCGCUGGAGUUGAACCCGGGUCUGCUGCGCGGCGCCACGGUUCUUGACGUGGGCUGCGGCACAGGCAUCCUGUCGCUGUUCGCCUGCCGGGCCGGCGCGGCGCGGGUGGUGGCGGUGGACGGCUCGGAACGCAUCGCCGGCUUCGCGAGGCGCCACGCCGAGCUGGCCGGCUACCUGGACUCGGUGGGCGGCCCCAUGAGUGUGGUGGCGGGCAAGGUGGAGGAGCUGGAUGGACAGCUGCCCGUGGAUAAGGUGGACGUGAUUGUGAGCGAGUGGAUGGGCUACGCGCUGUUGUUUGAGACGAUGCUGGACACGGUGCUGCACGCGCGCGACCGCUAUCUGAGGCCCGGCGGCGCCGUGCUGCCAGACAUCGCAAACAUCUACAUCGCGGGCACGAGCGAGGCGGCGGGCGGGCUGGGCUUCUGGCGGAACGUGUACGGCUUUGACAUGAGCCCCAUUGCGGGGGCCAUCGCCGAGGCGGGCCGCGGGCAGGCGGUGGUGCUGGACAUCGACCGCAAGCACGUGCGAACCACCACGGCACGCGUACGGCAGCUCGACAUGUGUACGAUGAAACCCGAGGACCAAGACUUUACGUCGGAGUUCACCCUGGAGCUGCUGCCGCCCGUGGCGGGCGCGGAGGCGGAGGCUGGGGCGGCGGGCGUGGAGGCGGCGGAGGCGGGGGCGGGGCAGCAGGGGCAGGGGGAGGUGGGGUGCAUCGUGCUGUGGUUUGACACGGAGUUCAGCGGCCGGCACUGCCAGCAGCACCCGGUCCGCCUGUCUACCUCGCCCUUCGAGCCCACCACGCACUGGGUGCAGACGCUGCUUACGCUGCGCAAGCCCAUCCCGCUGGCCACGCCCGGCUGCGCCGCGCCCGGCGCCCGCGUCAUCACGGGCCGGCUGAGCAUGGUGCGCAGCAAGACCGCACACCGCUCCCUGGACAUUGGGCUCACAUACAGGGCCGAGCUGAGUGACGGCAGUGUGGUGGAGGAGGCGCAGCUCUACCACAUGAGCGUCACCGCGCCCGCCUGAGCAGGUGGAGGCGUAGGAGAAGGAGGUGGAGUAGGAGCCGGGAGCAGGAGCAGGAGGAGCAGGAGCAGGAGGAGUGGUGGUGUCGUGCGGAGGCAGCAGGCGUGAGUGCCAAGUAGCAGCAUGCGAUUGGCGGUAGGCGUUUGGGGGCUGGCACUGGCCUGGGUGGUGAUGUGAACUGUGGGAUGGGUUAUGGGUGGCGUGCUGCGCAGCAUACGAAGUUGGGCGGUGAGGAGGUGGCCGUACGACUGAAAUGGAAUGGCCGAGCUGGUGGGCGUGACCCAUGAGGGCUGGCCGCCUGCGGGCCAGGCAACUAAGAAGCGCAUAAUCUGAGCUCGGUGGGCUCUUGACGUGUGCGGUGUCAAGGGUGGCACGUUUAUUAUCACCGGUGUCUGUGGUGCUGCUGCCGCGCAGUGAUAGUUACAAGACAGCUGAGGCAAGGGGGUAUCGUAUUGGCGCGGUUCAGGACACCAGGCCAGGGCGACAGGGCGUAGCCCCACACGUGACCAUCAAUCAUCUGGCAGUGGCUGCUGCAGGGCUGUACAUGGUGCUGAUGUAAUGAUAACGUCUG